AUGGGAGUAAAUACUUAAGAAUGGAUCGAAGAAUAUGUAUAAAAUAAUAAAAAGCAUGGCAAAUGGACAGCAACUUGGUAAGGUGAAAUGAUUCCUGGAUUUGGUGGUUUGUACAACGAUGAUGAAAAGAAACAAGUCCAAAUCAUGCUGAAUCAAAUCCUCUAGUAAAUAAUUGGCUUAGGCAUAGGUCAAUAUCACUGA